AACCACGUCCUAACCCUGAUGUCCCUGGCAGCGCGCAUCUACAAGCACCCCAGCCUGAAGAACCCCAUCAACCUGGUGGUGGUGAAGGUGCUGGUGGUGGACGAGGCGGCAGCGGGGCCGGAGGGGUCAGACAACGGCGGGGGCACCCUGCGCAACUUCUGCAGCUGGCAGCAACAGUUCAACCCCCCCAGCGACCGGCACCCGGAGCACUACGACACCGCCAUCCUCCUGACCAGACAGGACUUCUGCGGGCACCAGAGCUGCGACACGCUGGGAGUGGCGGACAUCGGCACCAUGUGCGACCGCAACAAGAGCUGCUCGGUGAUCGAGGACGAGGGCCUGCAGGCAGCCUACACCCUGGCUCACGAACUGGGCCACGUGCUCAGCAUGCCCCACGACGACUCCAAGACCUGCGAGCGGCUCUUCGGGCCCCUCGGCAAGCACCAUAUGAUGGCUCCUCUCUUCAUCCACCUGAACAAGACUCAGCCCUGGUCCCCUUGCAGCGCAAUGUACCUCACUGAGUUCCUGGAUGGAGGGCACGGCGAUUGCUUGCUUGAUGCCCCGGCCGACCCCCUCACCCUCCCUGCCGAAAUGCCGGGUCAAGGAGCCCUGUACAGCCUGGACCAGCAGUGCCAGCAGAUCUUCGGCAAGGACUUCCAGCACUGCCCCAACACCACAGAGGAGGACAUCUGCGCCCAGCUCUGGUGCAGGACCGGCAGCGGGGAGCCCCUUUGCCACACCAAGAAUGGGAGCUUGCCGUGGGCUGACGGCACCCCCUGCAAAGCCAAUGGGCUGUGCUGGGACAGCCGCUGCGUGCCACAGGAUGACCUGAAGCCCCAGGAUGAGGGGGAUUGGGGAUCAACAGGCUUGACCUCUUGGGAUUCCCAAACCUCUGACCCCAGUCUUGCCACCUCCUGGAGUAGCUGCGACAGCCCCAACCCCCAGCACGGCGGCAGCUACUGCGAGGGCCAGCGCACCAAGUACCAGUCCUGCCACACCGACGAGUGCCCGCCCGACGGGAAAAGCUUUCGGGAGCAGCAGUGCGAGAAGUACAACAGCUACAACUUUACGGAUCUGGAAGGGAAUCGCCUGGAGUGGGUUCCCAAGUACGCAGGAGUGUCCCCCCGAGACCGAUGCAAGCUCUUUUGCCGAGCCAGAGGGAGGAGUGAAUUUAAAGUCUUUGAGGCCAAAGUGAUUGAUGGGACUCUGUGUGGACCCGAGACCCUCUCCAUCUGUGUCCAUGGCCAAUGCAUCAAGGCUGGCUGUGACCACAUCGUUGGGUCCUCCAAAAAGCUGGACAAAUGCGGGGUGUGUGGUGGCAAUGGCUCGACCUGCAGGAAAAUAUCCGGCUCGCUCAACCGAUCCAAAUAUGGCUACAACGACAUUGUCACGAUCCCCGCCGGAGCAACCAACAUCGACAUCAAGCAGCGCAGCCACCGCGGGGUCCGUCACGAUGGGAAUUACCUGGCCCUGAGGACCCUGGAGGGCAAGUACCUGCUCAACGGGGACUUCGCUAUCUCAGCCAUGGAGCAGGACAUCCCCAUCAAGGGGACUAUCCUGAAAUACAGUGGCUCCAUGACGACCCUGGAGAGGCUGCAGAGCUUCCGACAGCUCCCGGAGCCCCUGACCGUCCAGCUGCUGACCAUCGCCAGCGAGGUCUUCCCACCGAAAGUCAAGUACACCUUCUUCAUCCCCAAGGACGUCCCUUUCACCAAGCAGAAAGGCAAAGAGAAGAAGUCGGCCAACGUCAUCCGACCGAUGCUGACCUCCCAGUGGGUCCUAGGCGACUGGUCCGAGUGCUCCAAGACGUGCGGCUCCGGCUGGCAGAGGCGGACAGUGGAUUGCCGGGAUGUGGAGGGUCAAACCUCCUCCACUUGCGACAGAGCCCUCAAGCCCGAGGACAUCAAACCCUGCGGCGAUGUCCCUUGUCCGCUCUGGCGCCUGGGUCCCUGGUCCCCAUGCUCCCAAACCUGCGGCGAUGGCGUGCGGACGCGCAACGCCUCGUGCAUUGAUUAUGCCGGUAAAAUCAUCGCCCCGGAGAAAUGCAGCGCCCCGGGGCCACCGCCAGACACCGCUGCCUGUGCACUACGGCAGUGCUGA